AUGAGGCACGCCAUCGGCUCGCUGAACUAUCAUACCGUUUGCAGGGUGGCCCUUGAGUACCGCACGCGUUUCUGGGAGCACCUCGAGACCCCUAUCUAUGGCUCAUGCUCCGACGUUGCCGGAAUUCCAGAAAUUGGGAAGAUUUGCUAUCCCUCGUACAAUAUCAACGGCGUGCCGGAAGAGCAGCACGCGCGCUACGCCAUGGAGACACUAGUCGAGAUCCACGGUGAGGUCGCUCGUGACCAAUACACGGGCAACUUCAAGCGCAAGUGCUGGGGGCUGGACGAGUUUGCAGGGGCGGCGUACGCCUCGCCCACUGUUGGCAGCUUCGAGCUAUACCUUCCGCAAUAUUUCAAGACACACAAGCACAUGGUUUUUGUCGGCGAGCACACUACGUACAUGUAUAGUUGGAUAGUGUCGGCAGUCGAGUCUGGCAUUCGAGGGGCCGUGCAGCUCUUGCUAGAACUCGGCCUCGUGGACGAGGCGAAAGAGGCCGCGAACAAGUGGAUGGGACGGUGGCUCAGCGUUGUAUGA